UGCAUUGAUUGAGUACGUACGUAGGCCCUACACAGUCAACGUCAGAUAGUUGUAAACCAAUUCAUAAUGAAAUUUAUUUAUUGGUCUGUAACAUUAGACGGCUCACUCGUCAAAAAGGAGCUUCUACUCGGGAACGAUGAAUCAAUUCCAGAGCCAGGAGGAUCAGAGGUCCUGGUCAGAAUCAAGGCUUGUGGCCUCUCGGACGUUGAUGUAGAACUUCUGCAAGCCAUGGGACAGUCAAGACAAGAGAUACCAUGUGGUGUCCAGAUAGCUGGUAUUGUUACAAAAGUUGGAUCUGCAGCUACCAGGUUUACUGUUGGAGAUGAUGUUGUAGGGAUCCUACCAAUGGACACACCCUUAUCCGGAUGUGCAGAGUACUGCAUCGUCAAUGAGAAUUAUCUAGUGAUAAAACCUGGGAAGGUGAGCUAUAGGGAUGCUGCUAGCUGUAUUGGUGAAGGGAUGAAGAUGUACACUGCUCUGAGAUACCUGGGCCACCUCGAAGGGGGAGAGACCAUUCUUAUCAUGGACGGUGCUCGGCCUGCAGGCUACAUGGGCAUUCAGUUGGCCCAGGGUUGGGGUGCAAAGGUCAUCACUACCAUGUCAUCAGAAGAGGAAAGAUCAUUACUUGAGAACAUGAAACCUGAACUUGCACAUGUGAUAGAUACCAGUGAAAGUAAGAGGUUUGCCGUCCUCAAUGAAUGCUUAGAGGAUACCGGUGGUCUUGGGGUGGAUUGCAUCUUGGAUAAUGGAGUGAACAUGUACCCCAAUGAAAUAGACGAGGAGGCAGGCCAAUCCCCCAAAUCCAAGAGGAAAACUGACCUCCCUGAGAAGCAUAAGGUCAUCUCGGCACUAGGGGUCGGGGGCCGUUGGGUCACGUCACAAAGAGAUCUACAACUGGAUCCUCCAGACUCCAGGCUUCUGCAGUUGAAGGGUGCUAGUGUUUGUUUCCUCAACGACUCCAUAUGGACCCUGUCUUCUCACAAGCUUGGCAAAUAUUUGCACAUUCUUAGAGACAUCAUGCAGAAGCUAGAACAGGGAAAAUUGAGACCACCUAUCGUCAAAUCACUAUCAUUGGAGGAAGUUCCGCACAAGUACCUGGAUCUAUUGGCAUCAGCAGGCUGCAGCAAAAUCGUCAUGGAAAUAAAGUAAAAGUUAGAUCUAUUUGUUUGUUCGAAGACCAAAUUUAUGUGUGUGUAGUCAGACCCCUCCAUUGAGGUCACCCAAGGGAAACAGUAAAAAGUGGCCACUGGAGGGCAGGUCCUACAACAUGCAUUUUUUUUCUUGAAGGAGCCAACAUACAUGACCACUAUAGACAGGUGGUCUUCAUAGAGAGGUGGCUACUUUAGACAUGCUUGGCUGUACUUUCAUGUUGUCAUAUUUAAAGAUUUCCCAAUCACUUACCUUGAUAUUGGAGAAAAUCCAGAUUAGAAAUACAGUGGAACCUUAUUAUAGAGACCAUUGUUUUUUUGUUUUUUUAAUUACAACAAAGUAAUUUGCCAAUCCCUCUUCUUUGCAUGGUUUGGUUUACCCUUGAUUUGACAAGGUUUCAAUACAACAAGGAAAUAUUUUUUCUUGUUUCCAUGAAGUAUAACUACUGUUCAACUUCAUGACAAGUAGGUAUGAUGGGACAUUGACAUCUAGCAUCUACUGAACAUUUUCUUGUUGUGCCUUUUGGUUUGACUGUUUUUUACCCUUCUCUUCGGGUCCAUCUAGCCAGUCCCCCCCCCCUUGUGCAGGCCUCCCCUCUCCAUCCCUCUCCAUCCCCUCCUAUC